GUGUGAAGUGUGUAAUCAGUCGAAAAGGGGCAGCGGUUAACGAGACUCGUGCGCGCGAUUCCAGUGUCUGUGAUAUUGUAACAAAAAAAAAAAAGAAGAGAGAAACACUUCGUGAGCCCCAUAGAUCUGAAACGAAGAGUGAUCAGUUAAAAAUCGUCAGCGGAUUUCACUGGUAGUAAUUUGGGUAUAGCCUAUCGCGGAGAGGUUGCUCCUCUGUUUUUGAGAGAGUGUGCGGUGUCGUCGGUUCGGUCCUGGCUGUUCCCGUCACUCGCUUGCAUGCGUAUGUGUGUAUAUGUCGAUUGCAUUCGCACACACACAUACACACACACACAAUAAUAGUUCGCCAAAUGUAACAUGGCUGCCCGAUAGGAGAAAGAGUGGAGUGCAUUAGCUCCGAUCGGCUCAGCUCAGCACGCACCAACCAACACCACGAAGCAGCGAGAAGCAACAAAGGCCGACAGCGCGCGUGCUGCGAUCUUUAUUUUUUGUUCAUUUCGUUCUUCGUUUUCCCCAUUGUCCAUCCAGGAGGAGGCAGGCCAGCCCGACGAGUAGUGCUUGUUGGGACACCCCCGAAUCUUCGCGUCUCCUUCACAAGAAGCACCUUCGUAACGAAAAUACCCAUUCGCCCGCCCAGGCACCGCACGCAGAAGACCUUCUUCUUCAGAUUUUCUUCAUAACCGCCGUGCCGACAAAUAACAAGGAGUCAACAUGGAAUUGAGGGUAGGCAACAAGUACAGGCUGGGCAGGAAAAUCGGCUCCGGAUCCUUCGGAGAUAUCUAUCUAGGAACAAAUAUUUCGACUGGGGAAGAGGUAGCAAUAAAAUUAGAAUGUCUGAAAACGAGACAUCCGCAAUUACACAUCGAAUCAAAAUUCUACAAAAUGAUGCAGGGCGGAGUUGGUAUACCUCAAAUUAAAUGGUGCGGCUCCGAAGGGGACUACAAUGUUAUGGUGAUGGAGCUAUUGGGUCCGUCGCUGGAAGAUCUCUUCAAUUUCUGCUCUCGCCGGUUCUCAUUAAAGACUGUACUGCUCCUAGCCGAUCAGCUGAUAUCUCGCACUGAUUUUAUACAUUCUCGCAACUUCAUCCAUCGUGAUAUUAAGCCCGACAACUUCCUCAUGGGCUUAGGGAAGAAGGGCAAUCUCGUUUAUAUCAUUGACUUCGGACUUGCGAAAAAGUACCGCGAUGGACGGACGCAUCAGCACAUUCCUUACAGGGAAAAUAAGAAUUUGACAGGAACGGCUCGGUAUGCCAGCAUAAAUACCCAUCUGGGCAUCGAGCAGUCUCGCCGCGAUGAUCUGGAAUCAUUGGGCUAUGUGCUCAUGUACUUCAACAGAGGAUCAUUGCCUUGGCAAGGGCUAAAGGCGGCGACGAAGCGUCAAAAAUACGAGAGGAUUUCCGAAAAGAAGAUGUCCACGCCCAUUGAGGAAUUGUGCAAGGAAUAUCCAGUUGAGUUCCCGACUUACUUAAAUUACUGCCGGCAGUUGAGAUUCGAGGAGAGACCCGACUAUAGCUAUUUAAGACAACUAUUCCGCACCUUGUUUCAUAGACAGGGGUUCACUUAUGAUUACGUGUUUGAUUGGAAUAUGCUCAAAUUUGGUGUGUCAAGAGGUGCUCACGGCGAAGAAAGCGGCAGGUCAGGAACGAGAUUUACACACGCGCCAACGACUGGUGAGACCGCUCCUCAGACUCGAACCAGAAGGCAGCCCCACGAGAGGGUGGAGCUGAUGCCAAACAAUGCAGCUGCUCCAAGUCCGUCUGACGAUGUUAUUACCAGCAAUAUGACCCGUUUGUUCGAUAACUAUGAAAGACGCGUAUCGACGCGGCUUCGUGCCGUGCAGGGCGGUCCGAAUGCCUCCACCUCCGAUUUGAGUAACACGAAGCAAGCCAAGAAGCGCCUCCGGAGUGGCAAUGGCCCCGCCCAGCCAGACGUCGGGGGCGGUUCAGGGCGGCCCGCCUAGGAGGGGGAGCGCCUCCAAGGAGCCCCCGGCCCGUUUAAAAAAAUGAGCAGACGGAGCGCCGCCACCCCCAAAGACACCAACAAUCACACCUCCUCGUUGCUGCCCUAACAAGCGACGCUCGAGUGACUCGUGCAAUAUGUCGCGGCGCAAGAAACUAAGAGAUUGAAGAUUAUUGCGUUGAUUUCUCUUGUUGUUCUGUUCAUGAUUAUUCUCUUAUAUUAUUUUUGUCAUUUUCUAAUUCUUUAUUUAACUCCUUCACGUAAUUGUUUUUAUAUAUAUACAUAUUCUAUAUUUCGUGUAUCUAAUUGUGAGUAUGCACGCGUGUAAGAGUGCAAGUUGUAUGACUGUAACGAUAAUUAAGGUAAAAAAAGAAACUAAUAAUGAAGAUGUAGCGAAUUUCGUUUAUAGUUACAUUAUUUUUUGUAUAUAUUAUACAUAUAUA